GUUGGAUAACAUCCUAUAUACCAUUCAUGCAUUUUUCCUCAUGAAAAUACCGCCCUAAUUGAAACAUUGCCAUUGAAACAGAGAUAAAUUGUCAUCUCUACUCUCUACAAUGAAAUCGUUGUUCGUUCGUAAUUGCCUAUUGCCGUCUCGCCUUCUCAUGUGCUGUACCUAAGUGUAUUGUUAAAAACUAAAAUUAUUUCAAAUUUUGUAUCAUAUUCAUUGAUUUAGUUGUGUUAAUUAUAAAAAAAUAUAAUUCAUACGAAUGAAGAAGUAUGUUUGUGACAAAUAUAAAUUCAUGGCUGAACAAAAUAUUUUGGAAAAGAUGGAAAUAUCUACUAUCAAUUGCUGCAAUUAUAUUUGUUUUCUUACAAAUCGGUAACAUGAGCAUUUUAGGAUUUGUUAACGAAUCUCCUAAUUCUAAUACUAGACUUAGCAAGCAUUUGCAGCAUGUAUCUAUUAAAAAGGUUCUAUCAAAAUGGACUGAACCUCAACAUUCCAAAAUUAUCAAAGAUCCUGAAGGCCAUGCAAUAUCUCUACGAGGAACUCACGAUAAAGAUAUUAUUAAAUAUUCUCCUAAUUCUGAAGGAAAAUUCACUUGUUUUAGUACCAAGGAAGAAAUUGAUUUUAUUAGAGUCAAUGAUGACUACUGCGAUUGUGUAUUAGAUGGUAGUGAUGAACCAGGAACUAAUGCUUGCAAUAAUGGAAUAUUCUAUUGUGAAAAAACAAUACAUAAGUUUCCAGCAAGUAUUUCAUCUUAUAAAGUUAAUGAUGGUAUAUGCGAUUGCUGUGAUGGAAGUGAUGAAUGGCAAGAAAUAUCUGUAUUAGAUUCAAGUGAUGUUUCAGAAAAUCAUCCACUACAAUAUCGCCUUACACAAUGUCAGAACCACUGUAAAAAUGUAAUUUAGGAUUAUAUAAAAUUUAUAUUACAUUUUUAUAUAUCCACAUGACAAGUCAGAGGAUAAACCUCAAUGGAUAAGACUGAAAAUACAACAUUAGAUUAUAUUUCAGAAAUACAAGAUUAUAUUUCAAAAUAUUUCUUUAUAAGAACAAUAGGUAUAAAGAAAGUAUGUUGGAAUUUUUUAAUUGAAAGAAGAUAUGUAAUACGUAUUCAAUACGUUAAAAAGGCUUUGUUUUCCAAUGCUUGGUACUGUUUCUCUAUUUUAAAAUUAUAAUAUAUUAUAAUGAUAGUUAUUUGUAUUCUAAUUUAUUCUUUCGUGAAUUCAAAACAAAUAUUUUUAAAUAUUUUUAAAUUAUUUAUUGUAAACAGCAUCAUUAAUUUCUUUACUUGUUCACGUCUGUACUCUCAUAUAUCGAUUGCAUUUUAUAAUCACUUGCUUCUAAUUAAAAAAGUUAAUGUGAAUCAUAAAAAAUAUUUCAUCAUUGAUGAAGAAUAUUCAAAAAAUGUUUAGACUAUUUCUGUACAUUAAAAAUUCAUCGAUUAGCAUUAAAUAAUCUAGCAAAUUUUAAAAAGUAGAAAAAUACGCUCAUGUCGUCAACUGUUGAAAAAAUAAAAAAUGCUGUAUACAUAAAAAACAUAGUAAUAAAUAAAUUAUGAAUAUAGAUCUACUAUAUUUUUAAAUAAAAUGGUAAGAUUAUGAGUGUUUAAAAAAACGUACAUAAGUAUUUUAUCGGACAUAUAAAAAUUGAA